GGGACAGGGCGGAGUGUUUUCACCGCGAUCAGUGCUGCUGAAAAGAGCCAGGGACAGACUGACUCCUCACUCGCCUUUUAAACACGAGAAAAUCUCCAAAAGAAGAGAUAACUUUUCGACCAAAGAGCACUUCCUGUAUUUUGUGCUUGAGGUCCAAACGCAACAGUUGCCAUGGCGGACGAAGCGGACAUGCGCAAUGAGCUAGCCGACCUGCAGACACGUGCAGACCAGAUAGCCGAUGAGUCCCUGGAAAGCACUCGGCGUAUGCUGGCAUUGGUUGAAGAGAGCAAAGAUGCCGGCAUCAGGACUCUGGUCAUGUUGGAUGAACAGGGGGAACAACUGGAGCGCAUCGAGGAGGGGAUGGACCAGAUCAAUAAGGACAUGAAGGAUGCAGAAAAGAAUUUGAACAAUCUAGGACAGUUCUGUGGUCUAUGUUCAUGUCCUUGUAACAAGAUUAAGGGAGGAGGUCAGGCCUGGGGAAGUAACCAGGAUGGAGUAGUAAACAGUCAACCUGGAGCUCGAGUGGUGGAUGAGCGUGAGCAGAUGGCCAUCAGCGGGGGUUUCAUUCGCAGGGUAACAAAUGAUGCCAGGGAGAAUGAGAUGGACGAAAACCUGGAGCAGGUGGGGGGAAUAAUUGGUAACCUGCGUCACAUGGCCCUGGACAUGGGUCAAGAGAUCGACACCCAGAACCGCCAGAUUGAUAGGAUCAUGGAGAAGGCUGAUUCCAACAAAACCAGGAUUGAUGAGGCCAACCAGCGUGCAACAAAGAUGUUGGGCAGUGGCUAAACUGCUACAAAAGUGCUUUUAUUCCUUUACACCUCAUCUCUCAUACUCACCAAUCCAUCACACCUGACCUUGUCCCAGACACAAACAGCCAGUGCCCACUUUGCCCAACUGUAUGCAUGGCAAAUCAUGCUUUUAUUGUGAUACUUAGAGUUUUGCUCACAUGCACAUAUCAUACAAAGUACUCUCUGUCCCUUGUUCAUGUGUAUUUCUACCCUCUGUCUCUUCCUUCUAAUGUCAGUGUUGUUCUGUAUUGUCUCUUUUAUGACUUUUGUUAAAAAGUAGUCUACUAGUAAAAAUACAUACAAUCCUAAUUGUAAAUAGAGCUUCUCUAACUGGCUUAACCAAUUUAGAUCACUUCACCUUUUUAAUUUAUCUUUUUUUAAAUUAUUAUUCAUGUGUAUAAUAUAUACUGUAACAAAACUUUGUUCCAAAAAGCCCUUAUCCAAAUGUCAGUAUUCUGGUGUGGUCCGUGUAAGACACACCAUGUUAUUAUUAUUUUAUUUUUUCAAAGAGAUGUUGUGAUGAAAUGCUAUGAAGUGAUUUGCCAUGAUUACAAUAAACAUGCUGUCAUCACAGCUUCUAUCUAAGGCCACUUGUUGAUUUUACAGCUAGUUCAUGACACAACUAUCUUGUCUUGAUGGCUUUAAAAAACUUUAAUACUCUGAAUCGGUGAACGUUGAUGCUAAUGAAUUGAUCAUGUUUACCUUUUCCUCAGGGAGACAAAAGACCAUUCAAAAAUAAAAGGUUGAUAUGCAUACAUCUCAAUACAGCAUCUGAUGGUAUUUAUGGCUAUUACCAUUUCAAUUUUAUGUAAGGACAGAAAACAGCAUAGAGCCAAAAAAUAAAUUAAUUAAUAAAAAAGCAUUUUCACAAAGGAGACGGAUGUGACAUUCAUUUGCAACAAGAAGCUUUUUCUGUGUUUAAUGCAUGUCCCACAUUGCCUGGAUGCAAUAAAUGACACAUUUAUUAUCUUUACAUUUGCAUGCUAAAUAUUUAGGCCACACGAUGGAGGCCUAUACUAACCUUUAUGAAAUAGUGCCACUGAUGUGUCUUUCUAGCCAUUGUAAGAUAUAUAAAUUGCCAAUAAAACUAGCUGUAGAAAUG